AUGAAAAUUAUCAACAAAGGAUCAAUCUCUCUAGCCCCUUCCAAGAGGCAGCCCUUGCUAAAGGAUAACCCAAGGAUCGGUGAUAACGAGCCAGUCCUCGCCAGAACGACUAAGCAACACCCUCGGGGGAGCAAAGGCGACCAAGAUGCAAGCGUCUACUUCAUCGGAACAGCUACUACCAUCAUCGAAUGGAAUCACUUCCGCAUUCUCACCGACCCCAACUUUCUCCACGCCGGCGAUCACGUCCACCUUGACCCUGGUGUCACGGCGCAGCGGCAGACUAAUCCAGCCGUUGAGCUUGGUGAGCUGCCUUCCCUCGAUGGGAUCCUACUCUCGCAUUAUCAUGCCGAUCACUUUGAUCAGCUGGUGGAGGAGUCUCUCAACAGAGAUUUCCUGAUAAUCACCACUCCCCACGCACACAAGUGUUUGACUUUGAAGGACGAUCCGUUCCGUAACGUCAAGGCCCUCGACUUCUUUGACUAUAUGGAGCUCAAGACGAGCAACGCGGAAGCUAGCUCAGAAGCCCCGGUCAUUAGGAUCAUCGGCAUGCCUGGCAAACAUGUUCCACCUGGGCCCUUGGCCGUCGUGAAUGAUCUACUCAACGCCGUUCCACCGACCAACGGGUGGAUGCUGGAGCUGGGACAUGGAAACGAGUCAAGAUAUCGAAUCUAUAUCUCUGGCGACACCCUCCUAGUUGACGAGCUGAAGGAUAUCCCCAAGUGGCUUCAGGGCAGACAAAUAGACCUCAUGCUGAUUCACCUGGGAGGCACAACCAUUCCUGGGCCGUCAGCGCCUCUGGUCAUGCUUACGAUGGAUGCGAAGCAGGGCGUCGAGAUGAUCAAGAUGAUGGAGCCAGAAGUCACGAUCCCCAUUCACUACGAUGACUAUGACGUUUUCAUGUCUCCUCUAAGCGACUUUAAGAAAGCUGUGGAAGAAGCUGGAUUACAGGAUCAAGUUGUUUUUCUUGACAGGGGCGAUAGGUAUCAGUUCUCGGUCAAGAGGUCAGGGCAGUAA